CCUAAAGAAACGUCUCUUAUUUUCGAAUUCUUGUUCAUUUUUCUCCUUUGGGUAUCCAUUUUCUUGAAAUUCUUGGUAAGUUUUCUCACUUGGGUUUUCUUUAAAAACCAGUCUUUUCCAUCUCUCAACCAAAGAUAUUGCUGUGAACUACUACAGAAGUGAAGAAGAUAUGGGUGUUGUUCAUACUCUGCAUUUUGUUUUUGGGAUAUUUGGAAAUGCCACUGCUCUAUUUCUGUUCGUGGCGCCAAUAAUCACAUUCAAAAGGAUUAUACAAAAAAAAUCCACUGAACAAUUCUCUGGCUUGCCUUAUGUUAUGACAUUACUCAACUGCCUGCUUUCUGCAUGGUAUGGCUUACCAUUUGUGUCACCAAACAAUCUAUUGGUGUCAACAAUCAAUGGGACUGGAGCUGCGAUUGAGGGCAUUUAUGUGGUGAUCUUCAUUGCAUUUGCACCAAAGAAAGAGAAGAAGAAAAUCUCCGCACUUCUGCUAUUAGUCCUUACUGUUUUUGCUGCUGUAGCCCUUGUUUCCAUGCUUGCUUUGCAUGGAAACAAAAGGAAGCUCUUCUGUGGUGUUGCUGCCACCAUCUUCUCUAUCAUUAUGUAUGGAUCUCCUUUAUCCAUCAUAAGACUAGUAAUCAAGACGAAGAGUGUGGAGUUCAUGCCAUUUUUCUUGUCACUCUUCGUGUUCUUAUGUGGCGCUUCCUGGUUUGCCUUUGGCCUGCUUGGCAAGGACCCCUUUGUUGCUAUUCCAAAUGGUUUUGGCUUUGGUUUAGGAACAGUUCAACUUAUCUUAUAUGCAAUCUACUGUGAGAAGAAGGGAUUUACUAAGAAAUCAACCCCUAAUGAGUCCUUGGAGAUUGGAAAUGGCAAGUCACACCAAGAGGAGAAGCAAUCUAGCAACAAGAAGAAGUUAAAGCUUGAGCAAGUUUAGGACAGGAUUGCAGUAGGAUGACUCUAAUUCUUGAAUGAUGUUCUGGAAUCUGUGUAUCUUUAGGUGCUAAUAUGCAUGUGAUUUGCUAUAAUGAUAUUUGACAUCUGUUUGUUCUGUUUGGUAUUGGACUAGCUCAUAUGUUUUAGAAAUUCCCAAUUAUGUUUUUCUUUUAACAUUGUCUCCUCAUUGCUGCUGAAAUAAACAGUGAUUCUUCUUUUA